GAUCGGACGAGGCACCGAAGUCAGACCAACUCAACGUGACUGUUAGACCACGUGACUACAAAUUAACGGUUUACGGUAUAGUUUUCAGUAAAAGAUGUCACUUUUUAGGUGGCCGAUUAGCCAAAUUAUAACCCUACUUCAAAUCUCAGCUCUGAGGGAUUUUACCUGUCAGUAUUCUGCAUCGUAUUUGUUCUUUAUUAAUUGCACUAAGGUCGGUCUGUCUGCGUGGUAACCUUUCCUUAUUGCUGACAAAAUGCUUUGGUUCAUGGAGGAAUUAUGCUUUUAAUUUAACCAAUUUUUUUGAUAAUCUGGUCAUCUAGCACGUUUAUUGUUUCUUACCUAAUUAAUUGCAUUGUUCGAGCAUGAUGUGGAUGUUAUCUUCCCCUAUACAAAGUAUGGCCACCAUGUAUGCCAGAUACAAGUUUGUGGAGAAGCUCAAUGAGAAGUCGGGUGGUGUGCCCCCAGCACUGAACAAGGCUGCUUUAUGGAUUGGAAUGCUUUCUUGUUUGGGGAUGUGUUUUGUCGCUACUUUCCAGGAGACAACGAUUAUGGCAGUUCAUGAUGCAGCUGUUGUCUGUGCUAUCUUUGUGACACAAACCACACUGCAUAGAAAAACAGAAGACGAGGACUAUGUGUUCCAUCUGGUGAGUGCUGUGAGUGAGUGGAUCGUGGCCUUCUGCUUCUUCUUCUUCUUCUUCACCUACAUCCACGACUUUAAAAAGUUUACUCUGAAGCUGAGAACACAGUUUGUGGACUAUUCCUGAUGAAGCGUUUAUUUGAACCUUUUAAUCUGAAUAUUUACUAAAUCAAGUGUAUUUUUUCUACUUUUAUAAAGCAAAUGUAUAUGAGAUCAUCUGAAUGGUACGAUGUAUUUCUUUAUACUGUAUCCAUUGCAACAUAACCCCAGUCUUAACGAUUAACUACAAAACAAACACAUCCUGUGAACAGCAAUUAGAAAACUUGUUGGGUUAAUGAAAGACUUAACCCAUUGUUCAUCAUCUGGUGGGACAAAGGUCAGUAUUGCGCAAGAAAAUCACAAGAUCAAGUUAAUAUAGAAAAUUAAUUUCACGCAUCACCAGUAAAUGG